AUGGCCUCCCAAGACCAAGACCGCCUCAUCCUCCCCAUCAUCGACGCCCACAUCCACAUCUACCCCGAAUCAGAAAACCCCAACCUCGCCUGGCACACCCCCGACCACCCUCUCGCCGGCCAGUUCUCCGUCGACCAGUUCAAGCACGCCACCCGCUCCGCCCCGUCCCUGCUGGGCUUCAUCUUCGUCGAGACGGACCGCAAAAACGACCUCGAGGCAAUCACCUCGGGCGACGCCGAGGCCGGGUGGGACGGCCCCCUCAAGGAAGUCCGCUGGCUGAAGCGCGUCGCCCUCGGCACGCCCCUCGAGGGCGAAGGCCACUCCCCAGAGGACAAGUCGCUAUGCCUGGCCAUUGUGCCCUGGGCCCCCGUGCCCUGCGGAGCGGCCAUCAUGGAAAAGUACCUCGCGAGGGUCGAGGAGGAGGCCGGCGAGGCGUGGCCCAAGGUCAAGGGGUUCAGGUACCUCCUCCAGGACAAGCCGCACGGCGUCGGGCUCGAGGACAAGUUCAUCGAGGGGCUCAAGUAUCUGGGCAAGCGCGGCUUCGUCUUCGAAGUGGGCAUUGACCAGCACCGCCGAGGCCGCAAGCAGCUCGAGGAGACCGUCGAGAUGAUUGGCCGAGCUCACGACGGCGUCCCCGACGACGAAAAGGUCACCUUUAUCAUCAACCACCUCUGCAAGCCCGACCUCACCGUCUACAACGUCUCCUCCGACCCCUCCUUCACCGCCUGGCGCACCGCCAUCUUCUCCCUCGGCAAAUGCGCCCGCACCUACAUGAAGCUCUCCGGAGGCUUCGCCGAGAUGACCCCCGCCCUGCGCGAACAGGACCCUUCCCACAUCUUCCAGUCCACCUUGCCCUGGCUCGGCGUCGUCCUCGCCACCUUUGGGCCCUCCCGCAUCAUCUUCGCCAGCGACUGGCCCGUCUGCGCCGUCGGCUUCGACAAGCACGACUUGACCGAUGAGUCGGGCGAGGCCUGGCCCAAGUGGAGGGAGGUGGUCGAGAAGAUGUGCUGGAUGGCCUCGCUGGGCGACGAGGAUCGCGCCAUGAUCUUUGGGGGUACGGCUAAGCAAGCGUAUGGGCUGUGA